UCCACGCAUCUACAAAGUAUUUCGUCGACUUGCAUCACCAGAAAAAGCCCUCAGAGUGUCACUGAACCAAAUCUUGUCAACAUUUGGUUCGAAACAAAUGCAGGCGGGCUAGCUUGUGUUACUACUUCCUCUACAAUCCUCUUGACCGUCUUUGUGAUAAACUGCAGACGCCACUUGUGGCUCUCCUCAUGUGGCGUUGUGCAGCAGUAGCAGCAGCAGCAGCAGCAAUCCUCCACAUUGCAUGCCAUGCCCCUGGACCCUCUCAGAUCAGACAAGAAAUUCCCGAAUGCUACCAAGAGCCCCUCUCGAUUGUCUACCUGCAUCAUGUAUCGUCAGAUAGUCGAGUUUUUCAACCACAUUACGUCCGACUCUGGCUCAAUACUGUACUCCUUACCAUGCGACCCGCACCGCUUCCUCACGGUCCUGGGACGAAGAGAGUUGGGAAAAAGGGGGCCCAGAGAAAAACUGUCACUUCACUGAGUCGCAACUUGUUUCCCGGCCCUGUUCUGAUGUGUUAGGCGUACCUGGCUGGCUUCCUGCCCGUGCCACCGGCCGAUUGUGGGGGUUGCAUUCUACAUGGACUCAAUCACCAAUUGCGUCCAAUCUUCAGUCCCGAGUUCUGUACGAAGUAUAGGUACUAUAACGCAUCUGACAAGCAAAUCGCAGCUCGCCAACCGGUAGAGACAGCCCACUUCGCAGACUCACCUGCGAAGUACUUGCAAGUGGCUAUCAUGCAAGCCCGUCUCUUCGGAUCACACAAUCCAGUGCGGAUAAAAAUAAAGUAAAAACUCCUAAGUUCCUAGCGGUCCUUCCGCCGUACCCUAUCCGUACGUUCGCCAGUCUCUCGUCAAAACAGGUAAAGAACCCGUGGAGAAAAUGGCUAGACUCAAAAGGAAUCCAUCGUUUAGGGUCGUUGCUGAACAAACACAAUACGGUAGUCUCGUACCACUU